CUCUAUUCAGUGUAGUGCGGUGAUGUCUCCUGCCUCCUCCUCCUCUUCCACCCCCACUCCUCAUUCUUCUCAGGAAGCAGGCUGCAGCGAGCCGGGAUAUGUCAACUACACCCGCUUGCAGUACCGCAUGCCACAGCCGGGGGCGCCAGAGCAGGAUGUAGGAGGUUAUGAGGAUGAUAAGGUCCAGCUGCCCUUCACUGUGACUGACCUGAAGGGACGUAACCUACAGCUGGUCACUGGGCCCCACAACGGACAGAGUGUGUGUGUGGAGCAGUUGACCUGUACUUGAGUACCUGAUCAACGAGGUGAUCC